AGUGACCCUCCCCUUCCCUCCGCCGCCCCCCAUGUUGUUCCUCCGAGCAGGCCCAGCUGUCGCCGCGGCCCUUGUCCGAGUGCUCCUGCCCCGCGGUUGCGCCGCUAUGCAUACCGGCAGUUUCACGGUCUCGCAGCCCCUCAAUUACCGAGGCGGGAGCCGAGUGCAGCCCGCCGACGACUCCGGCACCGAGAAGGCUUACGAGCCGGCCACGGGCCGAGUAAUAGCUACUUUCCUUUGCUCCGGAGAGAAGGAAGUAGAUUUGGCAGUUCAGAGUGCAAAAGCUGCUUUUAAAAUAUGGAGGAAAAAAUCAGGCAUGGAACGUUCCCGAAUUCUUCUGGAGGCUGCCAGGAUAAUUAGAGAACGGAGGGAUGAAAUAGCGACUGUGGAAACCAUCAACAAUGGAAAAUCUGUCUUUGAGGCUCGAUUAGAUAUUGAUACUUCUUGGCAGUGCUUAGAAUAUUAUGCAGGAUUGGCUGCUUCCAUGGGAGGUGAACAUAUCCAGCUGCCUGGUGGAUCAUUUGGCUAUACCAGACGGGAACCUCUUGGAGUAUGUGUAGGAAUUGGAGCAUGGAACUACCCUUUCCAGAUUGCUAGUUGGAAGUCUGCCCCAGCUUUGGCUUGUGGAAAUGCCAUGGUCUUUAAGCCUUCUCCCUUCACACCUGUGUCAACUUUGCUGUUGGCUGAAAUCUAUACUGAGGCUGGGGUGCCUCCUGGGCUCUUCAACGUGGUGCAAGGUGGGGCUGCCACAGGCCAGUUUCUAUGCCAGCAUCGCGAUGUGGCCAAAGUUUCUUUCACUGGGAGUGUGCCCACUGGCAAGAAGAUCAUGGAGCUGGCCUCUAAAGGUGUCAAACCUGUCACCCUGGAGCUUGGAGGCAAAUCUCCCCUUAUCAUCUUCUCAGACUGUGAUAUGGAGAAUGCUGUGAGGGGGGCAAUGAUGGCCAACUUCCUUACUCAAGGAGAGGUUUGCUGUAAUGGCACAAGAGUAUUUGUGCAAAGAGAAAUUCUGGAUAAAUUUACAGAGGAAGUAGUAAAACAAACCAAAAAAAUAAAGAUAGGGGACCCUCUUCAGGAAGACACAAGAAUGGGUCCCCUCAUCAAUCGAUCACAUCUGCAACAUGUCCUUGGGUUCAUUGAGCAGGCAAAGAAAGAGGGUGCUAAGGUGUUGUGUGGUGGAGACUUGUAUGUUCCAGAGGAUCCCAAACUAAAGGAUGGCUACUAUAUGACACCCUGUGUCCUAGGAAAUUGCAAAGAUGGCAUGACCUGUGUGAAGGAAGAGAUCUUUGGACCAGUGAUGUCCAUUUUGCCCUUUGACACAGAGGCAGAGGUCCUCGAGAGAGCGAAUGACACCAACUUUGGUCUGGCAGCCGGUGUCUUCACCAGGGACAUCCAGCGGGCUCACCGAGUGGUGGCUGAGCUUCAAGCUGGAGUGUGCUACAUUAACAAUUACAAUGUUAGCCCAGUGGAGUUGCCCUUUGGUGGCUAUAAGAUGUCAGGAUUUGGCAGAGAGAACGGCCGGGUGACAAUUGAGUAUUAUUCACAACUAAAGACCAUCUGCGUUGAGAUGGGUGAUGUGGAGUCUGUAUUCUGAUGAGUUGAGGCAAAAAUGUGAAAACAGCAUCAUGUGGUGGAGUCGCAAGAUGAGCAUCUUGACACCGAACAUGACUGAACACAAACUGAGACUUGGUCCUGUUCGGCCUUUGGAAUUCUGGUCCUUUGGAAGGAGAGGAUUGACUGACAAUCUUUUCCCCAGCCCAGGUUUCCUGUUAAAAACAUGUACUAACAUUUUCUUCAGAUUAACCAAAAGAGCUGGGUUUUUUUCCCCACUCUGAAUCUCAACAUGACCCUAAAGUGCCAACUCUUAGUUCUCUCUAGGAGAGCAGGAUUGCCUAAGACUUCAACAGAUUAUCUCCAGCAGUGGUAUUUGAUGCUUCUCUCUAAUCUGUUUUAAAGUUAUUAAGAUGAUAAUUUUGCUUGGUGAUUACUUUUAAUAAAUAUCCUAGUCUCAUCCUGUUGUUGGAGAAAGUCAUCUUUGUAAAAAGUAGAUAGUCUUCUCUCCUACUUAAUAGAAUUAUUAAAUUGAAGUAUUGACCAGAAUUUUUAGCAUAGUCAUAUUAAAGACUUUGCUUAUUACCUGAGCCAUUAUGGAAGUUUCUUUGACUUCCUUCUUGAGAUAUCUUCUGGCAAAUCCUUAGUAGAAAGGUUUUUAUAGGAGUGAACCAUUCAGAUUAAGCUGAAGCAAACAAAUCUCGUUUAGAAUCCCAUUAUAAGAACAUCUAGCUUAACUGAAUUUAAAUAUAUGUGCUGAGCAAAAAAAAGCAAGAAAUAAAAAUUUUAUGAUUUCAGGACCUCAUUGAAUCUAUCCUUAGAAGAGAGCAUGCAAUAAGAACUAUGAAUUUGCUGUUCUCUGUCUCAGUUCCCACAUUCCUCCCUCUCAGUUUGAUUCAAGAUCACAUCAUCCCCUGCUCAGUAUGAUUCUAGAAGCUCCUCUUCUUAAGACAUGCAGACAGUCUGUUCCUUCUGCUUAGAUUGAGCUAAUGGGACAGAUGGCCCUCCUUGGCUUUCUUGGCAUUCCUGGUCUCUGCUGAAUGUUCUUUGUUUUCCUCUUGUAAUGGUAAUAAAAGAAGUGAUCACAGUCUAAUAGAAUCCUACUUCUUUGUGAAA